UUGAGCGUUUUUAUUCUCAUUCUGCAUUUCACUCUGUAGUAAUGAUGGCUGCCAAUGAGAAAUCAUGACCAGGGAGACUUAAGUCAACUCCCAAAGAGAAAGAACCCAGGAGACUUGAUUUACUUUGGAGAAAAAUUUACUCCACCUCCUCCUCUCUUCAAAUGUUCAUAGCAAAUCAGCGGGUGGUUUUAGCUAAAUAUGACUUUGUAAGCUGAGAUGCAAUGUCUAAGUUUAUUGAAAAAUUAUCUGAAAAUUUUAGGGAGGAAUUUAAGGCUUUCCUGCCAGAAGGUUACACUGUGACCAGGGCAUCUCUCCAGGCUGUGCUUGGUGCAGCUUUUUCUAGAGUGAUGGCCUCUGCAAUAACAAUGAGGAGAGCGUUCUGGGAAUAGCUAGUUUGUUGAAUAUCCAUAUCGAAGACUUUCCUUUUGAUGGUUGUCCCUUUUUUUGGACAAAACAGAUGAGACCUUACAUUCAUUUGAGGACUCACAAGCUGCCCUUAGCUCAUUAGCAAUAUAUAUUCUAGCCCCUAGGAGACAUCAGUACAGGGCUCAACAGCAGGAACAGAAACUAUUAUAGACAGCAUUUUUACCAUAAGACACAGACUUUUCAAAGACAAAGCACAAUUCUCAACUAAGGAGAUUAUCUAACUCAAGCAUUGCAUAGACAAUCAUUCUCAAUAAGUAUGGGGAAACAGUCCAUUUGACUUCCUCUUUGAGAACAGCAAUGCAGUUGUUGUUGAUCUCCCCCCAUCCCCUUAGUCCCCUAUUUGGGGACACAUUAUUCCAUUUCCUCAGUGCUUGAGAAUCCAUAACUAUGGACAAGUGGGUCCUAAGCAUUGAGGGACCUGGGAUAUUCCAUCCAGUUUCUUUCUUUUCUCCAUCCUCACUCCUCUGCACACACCGCGUCUUUUUUCAGGGACUCUUCUCGCUAAUCAGUGCUUCUUCAGAAAGUUCAUGCUUUGGUCUGUUUGGAAGCUAUAGAAGAAGUUCCCCUUCAGUGUUGGGGAUAGGAUUUUUCUUCACGAUUCUUGCCCAUUCCCAAGUCGAAGGGCGAUCUGAGACCCAUUCUAGAUCGUCAGAAUCUCAAUAAGUCCAUAAAAAUACAUAAGAUUUCACAUGGUCUCUCUAGCAUUGAUUAUUCCUUCCUUAGGUCAUAAUGGCUGGUUUGCUGCCCUCGAUUUAUAGGACAAUGUAAGAGAGUUUAUUCAGUGGUAGGCACCCCGUCGUGACUAGGUGUGGAGUAGCAGCUCUUCACUAGACUAAUACCCCUAUCGAUGGUCUCUCUGGCACCGUGGUCGUUUUCUGCCUCGUCGCUUGUCCAGUGACUCAGCCCUCUGACUAGUUCACAGACUUUAGUUUGGGUCACAGUUGUCCCAAACUAAAAUGUCUUAACACAAAAAUAGAACCUUCUGCCUUCUCCGGGGCUAUUUCUCAGCCUCUGUCCUGUUUGAGCAGAGUCUCCCCCAGGCCUCCCUGCAUGGAGAGCUUUUCCAGUCUCUCUCCCUGCCUGAAGACCUUUUACCCUGUUGAUUCAGGGCCCUGCUGGAGCCUUUCUUGAUCACUGCAGUCUCUACUGAUAUAGUAGCAAUUUUCUGAGCUUUCCCCCUUACAUUGCAACUUACAGCUCUGAGCAUCCUGCCUCUAUAGGAAUCUUCCUGCAGCUCUGUUCCCCAUCUGGACUUUAUCGCUACUUAAGCCUGGCUCCUUUUACUGUAAGAAUCACCUGAUUCCUCUCAAGUGGGGCCCAUUCUGUAAUCAGGUUGGCUUAGCCCCAGGCUAAGCCACCCUGUUACAGGUACCUACUUCCAUGUGUCGGUUUUUCCAAGUCACAGGAAGUUUCUAAGAUUUCUGAUAAAAGACUUCCUUUUUGCUUGUCAUCGGCCCAUAAGUAUUCACCAGAUGUGUGAGGGUAGUGCUGGAGUCUAUACACCUGACCUAAUAUGCCAGGCGGUGCCUGUGCAGCCACCAGGGGCUGCCGAAGUCAGUCUAUUGGCUGAUCAGCUAUCCCUUAGACAUGUUUCUGUGUAUCUGUUUUGGGCCUGACAUCUUUGGAAUGAUGGAUGGAUCAGAACAAUGUGUGCAGGGGCAUUCCAUUCUUUUGUCCCUUUGCAUCCAAAACAUAUAUCACCAAUGCAUCACUGAUAGGGUGGGGUGCUCUCCUGGAGGAUUUACUAACCCAAGCUUUAUGGACGGAACAAGAGGUGACCCUUCACAUCAAUGUGCUCGAACUUCAGGCAAUUCACAAGGCCUGUCGCACUUUUCUCCCUCACAUUAAGGGACUGUCAGUUCAGAUUCUGACUGACAGUACAGCUAUGAUGUACUGCCUGAACAGACAGGCAGGAGCAAGAUCCAGUCAACUUUGUCAAGAAGCUGUGAAAUAAUGGGACUUAUGCAUCAAGGAUGAUAUUACUCUUAUUGCCUCCCACUUACUAGGCUCCCAGGACCUCUUGGCUGAUCAUCUCAGGAGGAGAUUUCCCAAAACCAUGAGUGGUCUCUGAAGAACAGUGCGCUCAGAAACAUCUUUCAUGCCUGGCGUAUCCAAUCAGUCAGACUAUUUGCAACAAAAGACAACAGGAAAUGCCAUGAGUUUUAGUGUCAAGUGGGUCACAGCCCAGGCUUUUUGACCCCUGCUUUUCUCCUUCAGUGGGGGCCAAGCCUCCUGUACAUAUUUCUCCCCAUUCCUCUCAUCACACAGGUGAUUUUUUCAAAUUAAAACAAGACCAUACCAAAAUAAUUCUUAUAGCUCCAGCACGGUUGUGACAGUGCUGGGUUCUCAGACCUUCACGGCCUCUAUUUGACCUCCAUGGACCCUGCCUUCAUUUCCAGAUCUACUUUCCCAACAACAGUCAGUUAUUAUACCCAGAACUGGAUAGCCUGCAUCUCACAGCAUGGAUAUUGAGGGGCUAUAUUAGGCAGAUAAAGAUUGUUCAUUGGCAGUUCAGGAAAUAUUGCAUAACAGCAGAUUGGUUUCUGCUGUAUCUGUUUAUUUAGCCAAGUGGAAGCGGUUUUCAAUCUGGUCUAUUCCCCAUGCUGUACCUGCAACAGAAGCUAGGAUACAGGAUAUUUUAUAAUACCUGUUACAUCUGAAAUCCUCAAGUCUUCUCUGGUUUCCCAGAGGGUCCAUUAGGAGCGAUCUCAGCAAGUCAUCCAUCAGCCCAGGACAGAUCAGAUUUUUCUAACCCAAUAGUUUCCAGAUUUUCAAAGAGGAUUGUUCGGCUUUUCUCCCAGUGAAGAAUAUGUAGUUGCCUUGAGAUCUCCACAUUGUGCUAGCUGUUCUAAUGGGUCCUUAUAAGGUUCCUUGGGUCUCAGGGCCAGGGUGCCCCCCUCAGCAGCAGUGGUGAAUCUGUGCUCAUGCCAAGUGGGUCGAUCAGGCAUUCUGCUCCACAGCCGAGCAACUGGACUUCAUUUCAACAGCUAUUCUCCAAUCCCACACCCCUUGAAUAUAACUCCUUGACUUUACCAUUCCAAGACCACUAGUUAUAAUUUAAGAUAUACUCAAAUAAAUGCAUAUAUCCACAUUUACAUUUUUGGAGAUACAUGUGUAUUGGGUUUUGGUGGCUUAAAGUGCUGCUGGAAAAAAGUUCAGAUUAGUAAAUGGAAGGACAUUGUUUACAGCUGAGCCCAUUGAACUUUGGUUUCAUGGCACCCACUGGAUGAACGUAAUGUCCAGUUCUCUUUUUUAGGCAACGGAAUCUCCUGUCAGUUACACAGAUAACUACUAUAACUAAUACUAUUUCGGUUCAUGUUUUGUUUUUUUUUACAAAACUAAUAGAAUAUGACAACACAGAGAUUAGGAAGUCUAAAAUUAUUGCCCUAUAAAUUGUAUGCAGUGUUGUAGCCGUGUCACUCCCAGGAUAUUAGAGAGACAAGGUGGGUGAGCUGUCAUCUUUUAUUGGACCUCUGUUGGUGGAAGCUCAAAAGCUUGUUUCCCUGCAGUAUGAAUUAAUGUUUAGGGAUGGAUUGCUCCCUUCCACAAUAAAAUCCCUGAAGGGAAUAAAGGGAGAAGAAAACUUGAGUUUCCCCUUGUGGAAAAUUUUCCAUUUUGUUUAAUCAGCAACUUCUCACUCACUGAAUAAGAUGCAGGGUCUGCUACUAAACUUUUUGAGUCUUGUGGGUCCACACCGAUGUUAAAAAAUCAGUGGGAGGUCAGGGUCAUCAGCAUGAAGACCUUGUGCCUCAGUGUGAACUUUGUCUCCCUGGGCACUCCACCUUCUUCUCCUUGGCUGUGGCUGCCUCAUGUUCCUCUUAAAACAAGCUCCACACUUUGGAUAGGGCUUUGUGGGAAAGGUAAUGUAGUUCCAGGCUAUACAAAUUUUGGGGGGAACUCCCCUUAAACAUCUGUAAAGCUACCUCAUUGUCCUCCAUAAAAUCCCUCCUUAAAACUCUCCUUUGUCAUGAUCCCUACAAAAAUGGUUAGCUGGGGUGUUGAGACCACUGCCUAUCCUGCCCACUGUUACUGUGUUAUUGAUUCCUUAUGCUCCCUGUUUGUGUGUAUUCUCUUGUCUUUUUUUAUAUUUUGAUUGUAAGUUCUUUAGGAUGGGGACUGUCUUUUUGUUCUCUGUUUGUACAGCUCCUAGCUCAAUAGGGGCCCUGGUCUGUGACAGAAGGGUCCUAGGUGCUACUGCAAUACAAAUACUACUCAUAAUUACAUUUCCUAAGGAAUUUACAAGGGGUUAGUCUGGGGAUGAUGUGUCCCCCUCUGGACCGCAUCCAUCAUGGGGCAGCCCACUCCCUGUUCCCUACCACCUCCUCAGAACAGAUCCCAAACCCAUGUCUUUAUGUCUGUAUCUCCAUAGGAUUGGGGGUUGGUACCAUAGUGGCAGCAGACCCACCUUCUGGGUAGGAGAGGUGAGACCUGCACAAGGAGGAUCCACUCUAAUCAUGGCUGGGGAAAUGUCACUUUCCUACCCAACAAAUCUGCUUUAUCACUGGGUAUAUAGGAUCAUAUGCAUUCAUUAUAGUGACAAAAGUAUGUUUAUGCUACUUUUGACUCCUGGUAGAACUGCAAAGUCAACAGACCUCUGGGAGACUGAUUUUGAUUCCGUUUUGUCUCUGCAUCGUUAGUACGAUUACUUAAGUUUCAACUGCAAUGCCAAAUUCUGCUCUCAGUUACUAUUGAAGAUAAUGACAUUAUAAUAGCGUGACUGAGGGCAGAAUUUGGCUGUGCAGAAUCUUUAUGAAUCAUAAAGAUGAACAAACAAAAAUGAUCACUGCUUCACUUUCAGAUCCUGUAAUGGGUUCCCUGGGGUGCAACCUGGAACUUGGGUAUCUCUGAGCCCUCUGGCACCAGCCUGGGCUCCCUGUCACACUGUGAUGCUGUGACAAGCUGCAAACCUCACCAGGUGCUGCACUUACACAGCCAUCCACAAGCAGGGAUGCACCCAGCUAAGUAACAUGAAUGCUUCUCGUAGCCACUCAUGAACUAACAAUAGAGAGGCUCUGGCCAAUUCCCCCAGCUCCCCAGCCUAGGACCUCAGGGCUGUCUUGUCCUGCACUGGUCAGAAGCCUGACCAGUGUAAGUUUAUUACCCAUUCGCCCCUCGCUCAAUGUGGAGAGAACAUGCUUUCCACAUUGUACACUGUGCAGAUUUUUCAAGCAUUUCAACCAAAACACACUGUUUAAGGUAAAAUAUAAAACAAAAUCUAUCUUUCUGUAGUUAAUAAAUCUCAGUGAUUAUAAGUUAUAAGCGUACAGAUCAAAGUUGGUUACCUAAGAAAUAAAAGUAAAAUCGCAAUCUGAGUUCUAUAAACUAGACAGGAUUUGAAUCAAGCAGUGUCUCACCCUAUUGGUAUAGUUCCUUAAUACACAAGCUGGGAUUGUCCUUUCCAUCCUGGGACCACCUCCCUAGUUCAGUCUUUGUCCUCCAGAUGUGUUUCCAGAUGUUGAGUUGUGGGAAGGAGUGAAGCCAAGUGAUGAUGUCACUUCCCCUCUUGUAUAAUUUCUUCCAGUUUACUGGAAAGAUCCUUUGUUAUGACAAGUCAAACAGUCUCCAUUGCCUAUGUGCUCUCUCUGAGAGGUCUCCAUUGUAUACAGUUCCUAGGGUAGUCCUUGUGAUUGUGGAUUCCCCUUAAUGGGCCAUCAUCAAUGUCUGGCUGCUCUGUUGUACUUGAAAGGCUGGUUAUGGGUGUGCCCAACCUUGCAACAUAUUUCAGUAACACAUAUAACAAAACUUCGUAACUUCCCAUACAAUGGUACCACUUACAAUCUAACAGGAUAUUCAUGUUCAACAGAUCACUUUUACAAUGAUACCUCACAAGGUAUACUUUGUACAAAACAUAAUUAUAUGACAGUGGUGAAUAUGGGGGUUCCAGGGUGCUGCUUCAGGCACAGAACGCCACAGAUCCAAAACUGACUUUUUAGUUCUUGCAAAUAGAAAAAAAAAAACAUUUCUGCUUAAAAUUGAGCUAAUUUUAUCUGGAAGUCAUUGAGACACAACAAAUAUGCAUCUCUGCAGUGCAGUUUGUAUAGUAGUUUUUCAGAAUAUAACCACACAAAAGAUCGAUCAAUAAACAAAUCAGUAAUAACAUUUAUUAUACUGGUAUUGUAUACAACAUCAGUACCAGUACUGAAAAUUUUCUACUGGUAACACAGGUGUUUGGAUAAAUGGCUGGGAUUAUGCUUUCCAACACUUUUGAAAGAUAGUGAAAAGGAUUUAUUGGCAGAUUGAUUGAGGGUUUCUUCUCCCCUGAGUGCUCUGAGUGCCCAAUUCUGCCUGCACUGAAGUCAGCUUCAAAAUUUGCAUAGACUUCAGGGGGAGCAGAAUCAGAGCUUAGGUGAGAGGGUAUAAACUUUGGCCCUUUUCCCAGAAAGAACAUGAGAUAACUAGCACACUCCUCAAUUAUCCAUAACGGAGGUGAACAAUUAACAGUCUAGUUUUUUUUCAGAUAUCUGCUAAGAUGAUCUCAAAUAAAAUUCAAGUCUUUCCCUCUAGCGAUACCAUUUUGAAGUGUCAGAAGACUUUCAACAAUCAAAUACCAAAGAAUGAUACUAAGCUUUAUUUUUUCUUUUGUUUUAAAAAGCAUGCACAGAUCUUAAAAGACAGAAUGAGAAAUUCAAGCCAUGAAGUUCACGGUAUGGAACCAGUGGAUGGGGAAUCGUUUGCAGAGUUUGGGAAAAGUGAAAUAUUUACAUUGAAGACUAGCAUGGCAAAAAUAAAAUAUGCCAAUACGUACAAAAUGGAGCCAUAUAGGAAAUUCCAGGCUCAUUUAGUAAGAAACAAAGCUCAACUUAUACUAACGCAGAGACUUCAAAAAACCAAGUAUAAUGGUGCGACUAGUGUCUUCUUGUGUAAUUCAAUCUCAGAAGAAAUAUUAAGAGCUGUCAAGGACAUGGGCUUUGAUCGCUAUAAAUAUGUAGUAACAGUCCUAAUCGUGCAAAAGACUGGUCAGGCAAUAAAAAUGUCCAGCAGAUGGGUCUGGGAUGUUGCAAGGGACAACUGGGUUUCAGCUAAAUGUGAAACAGAAUCCUUUGUUUCAUUGGCUUUGAUAAUGGCUUGUUAUUAUGAGUAGUUCUCUAAAAGCAACCUCUGUUAACGGUCAUCACAAUACUCUGUAUAAUUGUUCAAAAAUCUUCAUAAAGUUACAGUUAUUUUAGAACA